AUGCGGAAGCGGGGGGCGCGAUGUGUAGGUAGAGGGUGCGCAGUUGGUGGGAGUUCGGCGCGCUGGCAGCGGCCGUGGCUUGUGACUGCCGCCAGCGUGAGGCGCGAGGUGCGAGGUGCGGACGUAACGAGCGGCAUCCGCCCCACGCCGCACGCCGCUCCUACCGUAUCGGCGCUCCACACGCCGGAGGCAGGCGGGGGCGCCAGGCCGCUGGGUCGCAGGCACGGCGUAAUGGGAGCACCGGACAAAAAGCUCGUCUGCCCCGGGCUGGCGGCGGGGGCGGGCGCGGCGGUGGCGUCGGGACGCUGCGAAGAGAUCCGCAUUCCCAUGUGCCGCGGCGUCGGUUACAACCUCACCUCGAUGCCCAACGAACUCAACCACGACUCCCAGGAGGAGGCCGGGCUUGAGGUGCACCAGUUCUACCCGCUGGUGGAGAUCCGGUGCUCGGAGGACCUGCGGCUCUUCCUGUGCUCCGUGUACACGCCCAUCUGCCUGGAGGAGUACGAGCAGCCGCUGCCGCCGUGCCGCGGGCUGUGCGAGCGCGCGCGCGCCGGCUGCGAGCCCAUCAUGGCGCAGUACGGCUUCCCCUGGCCGGAGCGCAUGGCGUGCGAGCGGCUGCCCGUCGCGGCGCCCGCCUCCGAGAAGCUCUGCCUCGACCGCAACAGCAGCCGCGCCGCGCCGCCGGGCCACGACGCCGCCCCCGGCGCCGCCUCCACCGCCAGGCCGCCGCGGCGCGGCGCGGGCAGCGGCCAGCACGCCGACUGCCGGCCCGGCAAGAAGGGCUGCCGCGGGUCUGCGCCGGCCGACUGCUCGUGCCGCUGCCGGCCGCCGCUGCUGCAGCUGCAGCCCGGCUCUCCCUGGUUCAACGCCUCCGUCCAGGUGGCCGGCGUGCACGACUGCGCCAUGCCGUGCCGCGGCGUCUUCUUCACGCAGGAGGAGAAGGAGUUCGCGGCGGUGUGGAUCAGCCUGUGGUCGGGGCUGUGCUUCGUGUCGACGCUGAUGACGCUGACGACGUUCCUGAUCGAGCCGGAGCGCUUCCGCUACCCGGAGCGGCCGAUCGUCUUCCUGUCGGGCUGCUACUGCGUGGUGAGCGCCGGCUACCUGGCGCGCGCGCUGCUCGGGCCCGAGGCGGCGGCCUGCGACGGCCCGCUGCUGCGCCACGGCCAGGCGUCGCCGCCCGGGCUCUGCGCGCUCGUCUUCCUGCUCAUCUACUUCUUCGGCAUGGCCUCCUCCAUCUGGUGGGUGGUGCUGUCGCUGACGUGGUUCCUGGCGGCGGGCCUGAAGUGGGGCAACGAGGCGAUCGCGGGCUACGCGCACUACUUCCACCUGGCGGCGUGGCUGGUGCCGACGCUCAAGUGCGUGGCCGCGCUGCUGCUCGCCGCCGUCGACGGCGACCCCGUGGCCGGCGUCUGCUCCGUCGGCAACCAGAACCCCGCGCACCUGCGCCUCUUCGUGCUCGGCCCGCUCGUCCUCUACCUGCUGGUGGGUACCUCGUUCCUGAUGGGCGGCUUCGUGUCGCUGUUCCGCAUCCGCAACGUGAUCAAGCAGCAGGCGUGCGGCGGCCGCAGCAAGGCGGACAAGCUGGAGAAGCUGAUGAUCCGCAUCGGCAUCUUCAGCGUGCUGUACACGGUGCCGGCGACGAUCGUGAUCGGCUGCUACCUGUACGAGAGCAGCUGGCACGCGGCGUGGACGCGGCCGCUCGUGUGCCCGUGCGCGCCGCGCUCGCCGCGCCCGCUCUACUCGGUGCUCAUGCUCAAGUACUUCAUGGCGCUCGCCGUCGGCAUCACGUCGGGCGUCUGGAUCUGGUCGGGCAAGACGCUCGACUCGUGGCGGCGCCUGUGGCGGCGCCUGUGCGGCGCGCCGCCGCUGCCCGCGCCGCCCCCGGCGCGCAAGCUGCCCGGCGCGCCGCCCCCGCACGCCGCCGCCCCCGCCGCCGCCGCCGCCGCCGGCGGCACGUCCGCGCCCGGCUCGACGCUGCUGGCCGCGCCGCACGUGGCCGUGGGCGGCGGCGCGGGCGGCGGGCCCCCGCAGCACCACCACGUGCUCAAGGCGGGGCCCCCGCCCGCCCCCGCCUCGCACGUAUGA